GCAGCCCCGGGACGCGUAAGAGCCGCUGCCGGAUCCUUUUUCUCUCUCCCACUAGGGCUGCCCUUCCGACGCUAAAAAGAUAGUGGAGCUAGGGUGAAAGCCGCCCUCACGCUCACUUCCGGCAGGCGCGCCUCCCGACAGUGUCGUGCGGGGGGCGUGGCCGAGCGGGCAUUGCUGACAGGCGGCCCCGGGGGCGGUGGCCAAGGCGGCGGCGGGAGCGCGAUGGCGGGGGCGGCGGGGCUCACGGCCGAAGUGAGCUGGAAGGUCUUGGAGCGAAGAGCUCGGACCAAGCGCUCAGCUUAGCCUGUGACGCUUAUGAUUAGAGCCAACAAUUUGAAAUGGCCUGCUCACCUGAUGCAGUCGUCUCUUCGUCUUCUACUUUCUUAAGGUCUGGCUCAGUUUAUGAACCUCUUAAAAGCAUUAAUCUUCCAAGACCUGAUAAUGAAACUCUCUGGGAUAAAUUGGACCAUUAUUACAGAAUUGUCAAGUCAACAUUGCUGCUGUAUCAAAGUCCAACUACCGGUCUCUUUCCCACUAAAACAUGUGGUGGUGACCAGAAGGCCAAGAUCCAGGACAGUCUAUACUGCGCUGCUGGGGCCUGGGCUUUGGCUCUUGCAUACAGGCGCAUUGAUGAUGACAAGGGAAGGACCCAUGAGCUGGAGCACUCAGCUAUAAAAUGCAUGAGAGGAAUUCUCUACUGCUAUAUGCGUCAGGCCGAUAAGGUCCAGCAGUUUAAGCAGGAUCCACGCCCAACAACAUGUCUUCACUCUGUUUUCAAUGUGCAUACAGGAGAUGAGUUGCUCUCCUAUGAGGAAUAUGGUCAUCUUCAGGAUUCUAUAAAUGCAGUGUCACUCUAUCUCCUUUACCUUGUGGAAAUGAUUUCCUCAGGACUCCAGAUUAUCUACAACACUGAUGAGGUCUCUUUUAUUCAAAACCUUGUAUUUUGUGUGGAAAGAGUUUACCGUGUGCCUGACUUUGGUGUCUGGGAAAGAGGAAGCAAAUAUAAUAAUGGCAGCACAGAGCUACAUUCGAGCUCUGUUGGUUUAGCAAAAGCAGCUCUAGAAGCAAUUAAUGGAUUCAACCUUUUUGGCAACCAGGGCUGUUCGUGGUCAGUUAUAUUUGUGGAUCUCGAUGCUCACAAUCGCAACAGGCAAACUUUGUGCUCGCUGUUACCCAGAGAAUCAAGAUCACAUAACACAGAUGCCGCCCUGCUCCCCUGCAUCAGUUAUCCUGCAUUUGCCCUGGAUGAUGAAGUUCUGUUUAGCCAGACACUUGAUAAAGUGGUUAGAAAAUUAAAAGGAAAAUAUGGAUUUAAACGUUUCUUGAGAGAUGGGUAUAGAACAUCACUGGAAGAUCCCAACAGAUGCUACUACAAGCCAGCUGAAAUUAAGCUAUUUGAUGGCAUUGAAUGUGAAUUUCCCAUAUUUUUCCUUUAUAUGAUGAUUGAUGGAGUUUUUAGAGGCAAUCCUAAGCAAGUACAGGAAUAUCAGGAUCUUUUGACUCCAGUACUUCAUCAGACCACAGAAGGAUAUCCUGUUGUACCAAAGUACUAUUAUGUGCCAGCUGACUUUGUAGAAUAUGAAAAAAAUAACCCCGGUAGUCAAAAACGAUUUCCUAGCAACUGUGGCCGUGAUGGAAAACUGUUUCUUUGGGGACAAGCACUUUAUAUCAUCGCAAAACUCCUGGCUGAUGAACUAAUCAGUCCUAAAGACAUUGAUCCUGUGCAGCGCUAUGUCCCACUAAAAGAUCAACGUAAUGUGAGCAUGAGGUUUUCCAAUCAGGGCCCACUGGAAAAUGAUUUGGUAGUUCAUGUGGCACUUAUAGCAGAAAGCCAAAGACUUCAAGUUUUUCUGAACACAUAUGGUAUUCAAACUCAAACUCCUCAACAAGUAGAACCCAUUCAGAUAUGGCCUCAGCAAGAGCUUGUGAAAGCUUAUUUCCACCUGGGUAUCAACGAAAAGUUAGGACUCUCCGGAAGGCCAGAUAGGCCCAUUGGCUGCCUCGGUACAUCAAAGAUUUAUCGCAUUUUAGGAAAGACUGUGGUUUGUUACCCGAUUAUUUUCGACCUAAGUGAUUUCUACAUGUCUCAGGAUGUUUUCCUGCUGAUAGAUGACAUAAAGAAUGCACUGCAGUUCAUUAAACAAUAUUGGAAAAUGCACGGACGUCCACUUUUCCUUGUUCUCAUCCGGGAAGACAAUAUAAGAGGUAGCCGGUUCAACCCCAUAUUAGAUAUGCUGGCAGCCCUUAAAAAAGGAAUAAUUGGAGGAGUCAAAGUUCAUGUGGAUCGUCUACAGACCCUAAUAUCUGGAGCUGUAGUAGAACAACUUGAUUUCCUACGAAUCAGUGACACAGAAGAGCUUCCAGAAUUUAAGAGUUUUGAGGAACUAGAACCUCCCAAACAUUCAAAAGUCAAACGUCAAAGCAGCACCCCUAGUGCUCCUGAACUGGGACAGCAGCCGGAUGUCAACAUUAGUGAAUGGAAGGACAAACCCACCCACGAAAUUCUUCAAAAACUGAAUGAUUGCAGUUGUCUGGCUAGCCAAGCCAUCCUGCUGGGUAUACUGCUCAAAAGAGAAGGCCCCAACUUCAUCACAAAGGAAGGUACCGUUUCUGAUCACAUUGAGAGAGUCUAUAGAAGAGCUGGCAGCAAAAAACUUUGGUCGGUUGUACGCCGUGCAGCAAGUCUUUUAAGUAAAGUAGUGGACAGCCUGGCCCCAUCCAUUACUAAUGUUUUAGUGCAGGGCAAACAGGUAACUCUGGGUGCCUUUGGGCAUGAAGAAGAAGUUAUCUCUAAUCCUUUGUCUCCAAGAGUGAUUAAAAACAUCAUCUAUUAUAAGUGUAACACCCAUGAUGAGAGGGAAGCGGUCAUUCAGCAAGAACUGGUCAUCCAUAUUGGCUGGAUCAUCUCCAAUAACCCUGAGUUAUUCAGUGGCAUGCUGAAAAUACGAAUCGGGUGGAUCAUCCAUGCCAUGGAGUACGAACUUCAGAUCCGUGGUGGAGACAAGCCAGCCUUGGACUUGUAUCAGCUAUCACCUAGUGAAGUUAAACAGCUUCUGCUGGAUAUUCUGCAGCCUCAACAGAAUGGAAGAUGUUGGCUGAACAGGCGUCAGAUCGAUGGGUCUUUGAAUAGAACUCCCACCGGGUUCUAUGACCGAGUGUGGCAGAUCCUGGAGCGCACGCCCAAUGGCAUCAUUGUCGCUGGGAAGCAUUUGCCUCAGCAACCAACCCUGUCAGAUAUGACCAUGUAUGAGAUGAAUUUCUCUCUCCUUGUUGAAGACACAUUGGGAAAUAUUGACCAGCCACAGUAUAGACAGAUCGUUGUAGAGUUACUUAUGGUUGUAUCCAUUGUACUGGAAAGAAACCCCGAACUAGAAUUUCAAGACAAAGUAGAUCUAGACAGACUGGUCAAAGAAGCAUUUAAUGAAUUUCAAAAAGAUCAGAGUCGGCUAAAGGAAAUUGAAAAACAAGAUGACAUGACUUCCUUUUACAACACUCCUCCCCUGGGAAAAAGAGGAACAUGCAGCUAUUUGACAAAGGCGGUGAUGAAUCUGCUGCUGGAAGGAGAAGUCAAGCCAAACAAUGAUGAUCCGUGUCUCAUUAGCUAGUGGGGAAGGUGUAGGAAGCUCUGUUGAGACAUAUGUUCUGAAGUGUGUUGUGUUUCGUGUUCAAGCUUAAUCAAGGCAGCCAUUAAUGUACAAACUGAGCAUGCUGGGGAGCUGAUUGCCACAUCCUUGGCAGCAUUGUGGACCUCUUGCAUGUCAUAGCCAAUUUAAUGGUAAUGGUAAAUGCUUUUAAUCAAACAUGAAAAAGUUCUCAUGAUUAUGCCAGCUACAAUAGUAAUCCUCACUAAGUGAUAAAAAUAGUUUAUGAAUUGAAAAUUUGCCACUACAUGUUUUAUGAUCAAAUAGUUCAUCAAAAUGAAUCUUUGCUCUUUGGAAUGAAUUAUUACCAUACUGCCAUUAAAAUAAAUUUGCCAACUAGUAAUGCAUACUGGAAAUCAAAAGAUAUUGAAAGAAUGGUGAACUUCUCUUAGUGGUAUUGUCAUGCUAAAAGAUGUUAAUAUACAUCAUAAAAGCAAAGUCAGCCAGCUGAUAUUUUGGUUCUCAAAAACUGCAUUAUUAAUAAUAUUUUAGUAUAUAGAGAUAUUCUGCAAUUUUUACAUUGUAAACAUGACUAUGGUUUUGUAUUUGCUAAAUAUAGGGGUUGGACUAAAAUAUAAUAAAUCUGUACCUUAUCAAACAUUUUCUUUGAGCUCCUGCUAAAAAUAGGACAUGUCUAUGAUUGUUCAGAAAUAUGUUAAAUUUAGGCUCGGCACGGUAGCUCACACCUGAAAUCCCAGCACUUUGGGAGGCUGAGGCAGUUGGAUCACUUGAGGUCAGGAGUUCGAGACUAGCCUGGCCAACACGGUGAAAACGCUGUCUCUACUAAAAAUACAAGAAUUACCCAGGCAUGGUGGUGCAUGCCUUUAAACCCAGCUACUGAGGGGGUUGAGGCAUGAGAAUUGCUUGAACCAGGAGAUGGAGGUUGCAGUGAGCUGAAAUCAUGCCACUGCACACCAGUCUGGGUGACGGAGCAAGACUAAAUCUCAAAAAAAAAAAAAAAGAAAAAGAAAUAUGUUAAAUUUAAGGACUGUUAACCUACUUUGUACUAGUAAAAACAACAUUAAGAGUCAUUAAAUUUUAUUUCUGAAUUAAUGAACGUAUCUGGACACAUUCUUUGUUCCUAGGUUCACAAGAUUGAGCUUAAAACUCCUGAGUGUUUUCAUUUAAUUGGUUUAGAGGUAGAAUGGAAGAGAAUCUAUGGUACCUACCAUUAUACACAUUUAGUUGCCCAGUUUACUUAAACUUUAAUAAAAGUAAAAAGUAGAUUAAACAUUUAAAUUUUCUUUCUUUCUUUCCUAAAUAGAAAAAAAAAAAAGGUCCAUGAGUUUGAGCCCUUGCCCCAAACAAAGUUGUUUUUCUGAUCAGUCUUACUGGUGUUUCACCUGAGAAGAUAGAUUUGCCACAUGACAAAAUGCAGCUUAUUUGUAGAGUUUUGAAAGGAUGUAAGAAAGAAUGAGUGGCUUCAGUAUCGAGUCAAUUGAUGUCAAAUAAAUGGAUGCAUGAGCACAUGGAAAAAUCUGCUGUCAGUCACAUUUCUCACAACAUUGCGGUAUAGUGCCGAGAUCUUGCAUAAGAAAUUCUAUGGAUAUUAGUUGGCAAAAUUGAGAUGAAUGAGACACAGUUGGACCCUAAAGAACUAAGGAGGGGGAUAUGACAAAGAAUAGAAUUAAACUAUCUGACUCAAUGUGUUAAGGGAGUUUAUGAAAAGAUACUCAUGAAGGGUGAAGCUAAUUUGUGAAACUUACACCUGAAAAAACUUAAGCAUGAAGCCCAUGGAGAGGGAAUUGAGAACUGACACUUCAUAACUGGGGAAACUGGAAAUUAAAGAAAGGAAAGACUUAAAAUUUUUGUUUGCCAAAAUUUGUAGGAAAGUAAACUGUGUUGUAAUUUUAAGAAUCUUUUUAAAAAAUCUGAUUAGCUGAGCAAAGUUACCAGAAAACUGUUAUCCUAGUUGAAAUCAAACAUUAUUUGCAAAUGUGUUUUCUGAGUGAUAGCUUCCUGCUUAAAUGUUACAUAUGCAAAAUUCUGAAGUUUUCCUGUGCUACUACUGAAAGCAUUCAGAAUCUGUGACAUGUAUUGACUUUGUGCUUUGAUAUUCAAAAUUUAUUGUUCUGAAAGUUAUAUUUAGAAUCAGUAAAUCUUGAUGUUCACCUUUA